UUGUAAACAUCCGUCAGUUCCCAUCUGACUCUGGGGAGUAUCACCAGCUAGUGCGAUCUGAAGGUCACGGCCCAGCUGUGCUUUCACACGCUGCAGACAUGAGACAUGUGGUGGUGUGAUCAUCACCAUCAUGGGAAUGUAUCGGCACGUGUUAACUACAUGUUUAUUGGUGGCUUUCAACAAUUUGGCCAGUUGACGUUGUCUUAGGAAGGUAUUCUAUAAUCCGUCACCACGUUGCGCUACAAAUUUCAUGGCGACACUCCAUCACCUUUUUUCCAAACUAUAUUAAUUAAUAAAUCAUGCUGUUUCGUGGUUAAUUAGACCCAAUUAUUAGUUAAAAAAAAUGUAUAUUUAAGCAACUUUUACAUACUUUUUGCUUGGAUGAAGCAUUUUCAAGCACAAAAAUGACUAAAUGAAGUAAAAUACAAAUACAAAGCUUUCAGAAAAAUAACAUUAUCUUCCGAAUGCCUUGUAUUUGUGUUGUACUUCAUUUAGGCAUUUUUAUGCUUGAAAAUGCUUCAUUUAGGCCAGAACUAAGUGCCUACUAUUUGCCUAAAUAUGCAUAUUUUUGAUAAAUAAUAGGCCGUAUUCAACCACAAAAUGGCAUGAUUUAUGAAUUAGUAUAUUUUUUAAAAACCUUGAUAAAGUGAAGCCACGGAAUUUGAAGCGCGAAGUGGCAAGGGACUACUGUAUGGUGCGUUUAAGGGCCGCCGAACAAAGUGCAAAAUCGCAACUGUUAUUUCAUUAGGUAAAAGCAAACUUGACUUCCUGAUGCUGCUCAUUUUUAUUUCUGCCUGAACCCGUUCCUUCUCCCCCCACUGUUUCCUUCCUUUAGUGUGGCGCAGAUUUGCUGAAUUUGCAGUGCAGUUUUUACUAAAACACAUUUUACAACUUAAACCUAAUCACAGAAAACAAAACCCCAUCAUAGGCAAACACCCGCUCUGAUUAAAAGAGAAGUGGUUUCCUUAUUCCCAAAAUAACCCCAAACAGUUUCUACAGCAGCUUGUUGUUUUCCAAGCGCUGGUGGUGUCGCACUGUUUACUUCCUCCAUCCUUUUCCCCAUGCAAGCAAGCGGCACAGAGGAGGAUUAAUUAGCCGGCGUUCUCUAGGCUCUCUGGAGAUGGUGAGAUGCUGAGUCCAUCCCACCACGGCUACACAGUGAAAUACUGCCUCUUCCAUCAAAACAACAAGGCUCUUUCGAUAACAUAUGUAUGAAAUAUACAUACUACAGUAUAUGUCACAUCCUGGAGCUCCACUCUCAGUUUGACUUCCUUUGUUGAAAGCAGCAGACCAUUAAAUAUGAAUGCUUGCUGUGAAAUAUGAUCCCCAACCAUGGUUUGGCUUUGCUCGUGAACAUACAAGAAGAUAUUAGUGGCAUGUGAUGAUAAACAAAGAUGUUUUUUGUUUUUUUUUCUCAAAAACCCAUUGGCUGGGUAUGAAUGCCUUAAUAAUUGUAAUGGUAAAAACAGUACAUUGGACUUAGCAGUACAGUGGAACCUUGGUUAGCAUCAUUAAUCCGUUCCAGUAGGUAUGCCUCAAACCGAAACGUACUCUAACCAAAUACACUAGGUCCCCAACUUACGAACACCCGACUAGCGAACACUCGCGGAUACGAACACAAGCCGACUGCUCUAUAUGUUAUUUUAUUUUGCCCUGUAGUCAGUCGCUCAAUCAGUAUUUAUACUGCUACUGUACAUGCUUGACCAGCAGAGGGCACUGUGACACUGCUAAUGGGACCAAGAGGCAGCCUUAGAGCUAAUGAGACCAACAGAGGAAGAGUUAGACGCUGGGGAGAUACAGUGUAAAGCUAAAUGGAAAGAUAAAUGAUACAACCCGGACAGAGCGUGUGAUUAAAGUUUAUGAAGAGUUAAUAGGCCUGCUUAAUUCUACACCACCCACAGAACACUACCUCUUUUAGAAGAGUCUAACCACGACCAUUUGUCCUUUUUUUCAAUAACUCCUCCUCCUCCACCACAAUGACGUAUGCUCGACCACUCCUCUUCAAAGGCACUUGUGCGACUCCCCCCUCAAAUCUCACAGAGUGAAGAGGUGCUGCGCUUUUUUGAGACAAAAGCUGAGGACCUUAAUCCCCCUGUGGAGGACUAUGGCUCCAAGCGCAAGUCAGUAUGGAUGUACGGCAUUACAGACAGCCCGAGGAAAGAGGCGUCAGGGAUUGACAGCUUGGAGCCGAUGGUGCUGGAGCAGUACGUGGCCGUGGCCAACUAUGAGAGACAGGAGAACUCUGAGAUCAACCUCAAGGCCGGUGAGACAGUGGACGUGAUUGAGAAGAGCGAAAGCGGUUGGUGGUUUGUCAGCACAGCGGAGGAGCAGGGAUGGGUGCCAGCCACAUACCUUGACUCCCAAAGUGGAACCAGAGACGACUUGGAUCUAGGCACAUCCAGGACUGGGGAGGUGACUAAAAGACGCAAGGCUCAUCUGAAGAGGCUAGACCGCCGCUGGACCCUGGGGGGUAUUGUCAACCGCCAACAGAGCAGAGAGGAGAACUACGUAACAGUACAGCCAUACAGCAGUCAAGGGAAGGACGAGGUCAGCUUUGAAAAAGGAGUCACAGUGGAGGUCAUCCAGAAGAAUCUGGAAGGCUGGUGGUACAUCAGGUAUUUAGGGAAGGAGGGAUGGGCCCCUGCCUCCUAUUUGAAAAAGCUGAAAGAAGACUUCAGCCCUCGCAAGAAGACCCUGUCUGGCCCUGUGGAGAUCAUCGGAAACAUCAUGGAGAUCAGUAAUCUUUUGCAAAAGAAGUCAGUCAGUGAGAAGGACGUCCAGACCGACGGAGAGGGAAGCGCCACACCCGAACGCCACAUCUCCAAAAGCGAGAUCAGCCUGCCUAUGCCCUUCAGCUCUGAGAUUAAUGCUGAGACGGGCAGGAGGCUGAGCGCAGGCCGUGAUACCAACAGUCCAUGUCUGGGCAUUGCAGCAAGCUCUGCCCGAAAUGAAGCCAAAGCGAGAAGCGAGCAAGGGUCACCAGCUGUUGCCAGAGUCGCGCCGCAUAGAGUUGAAAUUGGGUCUCCAAACUUGAGACAAAAGCCUCCUCCAAGAAGGGACACCAAUUUGGGGUUCCAGUUACCUAAACCACCAGAGCCACCCGCCGUGGAAGCGGAGUAUUACACGAUUGCUGACUUCCAGUCUUCCAUUUCUGAUGGCAUCAGCUUUCAUGGAGGACAAAAGGCUGACGUGAUAGAGAAGAACCCUGGAGGCUGGUGGUACGUGCAGAUUGGAGAGAUGGAGGGCUGGGCCCCGUGCUCCUACAUUGACAAACGCAAGAAGCCUAACCUCAGCCGUCGAAGCAGCACCCUAACCCGGCCCAAGGUUCCACCCCCAGCCCCACCUGUAAAAAAGCACGAUUCUGAGGAAAGUCCUCCUCCUUCCACCUGCACUCUGAAAGUAUCAGACUCCCUUAAAAGGUCUGUGUAUGAGGAACCUGAAUACGAUGUUCCUGCAGUUGGUUGUGAGGGUGAAUCAGACACUGAUUCUCUCAGAGGUGACCACUCCUUGGAUGUGAAGCUCAGCAGUAUAGUCAACAAGUAUUGCAGUGCCCCACCCUCAAGUAAAGCUUCCCCUCCUGUCUGCAAAGAGUCGCCGGUUUUCAGUCAUCGCAGGGCUUCAUUUAGAUCUGACGAAGAAGCUGCUAAAGAUGAGUCCAUCUAUGAGAAUGAUGCCAUCCAACCUAAUAGUGGCACUGAAGAAAGAACAGCCAAAGUGUCCAGUGAGCCCAACUCUCCAAGGACCUACCACUCCUCUACAGUUCCUCGCAAACUCUCUGGAUCAUCACCUUUGCCUGGUCGACUCUCUAAAAUCGCAACCCCAGAGAUGAAUAGGAGAAGUCAGACUCUUGGUAGACAAAUACACAUUAACUUCCGGUCUCAGGAGAACAGUCCCCACUCCUCUUCAGAUGAAUUGAAAGGCAGAGGCCUUAGCCGGGAUGUAGAGCAGAGAAUAGGCCAGAGCCCUUGUACUAGACCAAAGCCUUCUGUCAGACCUAAACCACUUCUGAGUAAAUCAGAGCCUCAGAGUCCCGAGAGGAAGGACAUCAGCUCCCUGAGACGCCAGCUGAGACCCACGGGUCAGUUACGACAUGGCCCCAAGCCUUCUCGAGGGGAAGACUCUGAAUCAGCCUCUGUUAUCUCAUCCAAGGAAUCAACGUGUUCGCGCAGUACAUCAGAUCUUUCGACUGUUUACUCAAAAGGAAGUAAUUCUGACCUAGAGGGUUCAUGUUUGUACCGUGCCCUGGAUGCUUACAAGAAGGUGCAGGACUCUGAGAUCAGCUUUUCAGCUGGAGUAGAGGUUGAAGUUCUGGAGAAGCAAGAGAGUGGUUGGUGGUUUGUGCGCUGGGGCUCUGAGGAAGGUUGGGCUCCCUCAUACUUCCUGGAACCUGUCAAGCGAGUGGUGGAUACUGCAAGGCUAGAAUCGGAUGCUAGUGUUGGGAGCAAGUCCAACAGCCUAGAGAAAAAUGAAAAGCAAGUUAUGGCUCGGAAUAAUAUCAAUAUUAAAGGUCUGGCCCAGCAGCAUCAAGGAUUGAGGAGAAACACUCCACCAAUUCCUUCCAAGCCUCCUGGUGGCUUCUCCAAGCCAUCUGGGAUGGUUAAUGGAGGUGUGCGGAUGAGGAAUGGUGUGCGUCAAGUAGCAGUGAGGCCUCAGUCUGUAUUUGUAACAUCAACACAGCCAACUAAGGACACACAUUACAUGACUGGCUCUCUGAGACGAAAUGACUCGCUUGGCAGAAGUGACCACUAUGGCUCUGGUUCUGCCACACUUGGCGUCCGCCGAAAUGCCUCUUUCAGCACAGUGCGGCCACAUGUGGUGGUGGAAAGUCAGUCAAGACCCUCCGAGCGCUCUAACUUGGGGUCCUCAGUGAGCGGAUUCAGCUCAAGCAACGUACAGGAUCCCCUUGGCAGAUUUAGCCAGCGCAAUGGUAUCCCUGUGUCUACAGUUCGUCCCAAACCUGUAGAGAAGAGCCAGCUGAUCCAGAAUAACCUUGGCAGGGAUGUGUACGUGUCCAUUGCUGACUACCGUGGUGAUGAGGAAACUAUGGGAUUUACUGAGGGCACCUGUCUGGAGGUCUUGGAGAGAAACCCGAAUGGUUGGUGGUACUGCCAGGUACAAGAUAGCCUGCUACCCCGAAAGGGCUGGGUCCCAUCCAACUACCUUGAGCGAAAAAAGUAAAAGCCAUCUACACUUCACAUGAAUUUCAUGAAGACCCCUCUCUAUUUGAUAAGGUGGCAUCAUUCCUCAAAAACGUUACCCUCAAGCAGUACGUCCUUCAAUAUUGACAACUCAGAAACGACGUUUCGUCUGAUAAAGGAGGACAGUUUAAAUGCUGGUUUACUAAAAUAUACAAAGAUGAGUGUGAAGUCUUCUGAGAGGCUAACAGAAAAGAUGGGUCGGCCAUAUUUGACGAGGACGAGUGAUUCCACUUAACAAACACGGUGUGAAUGGGAGUACGAGCCUCUCAAAGGCCUUUUCUAUUGUUCCAUCACUGCUUGUGAUGUGUGAUUAAGUGCCUUUUGUGUUGGAUCACCUCAAUGGAAGUGCAGUACCAGAUGGUGGAUGGAAAGAUGGAAUAUCAACCAAAUGUUUUAAAUGUGCCAUACAGCUAUGAACAACACGUGUCUAGUCCCAGAACCCUUCAGUGGCUCCAAGAUGAAGACGACGCAGCAGUGGUUCUGUGGUCGGUCCAAGACUCAAAAAAGAUCUUUAAUUGGUCACUUCAGAUCUCACCCAUCAAGCAAAGAAAACUAAUGACUUAUUUGUUUUUAACAUCUUUGGUUGAUGCCUUCCUUAGACAAUUAUUUCUGCUUUCUUGGGACAUCUGUUAUCUGCCAACAGCUUUGAGUUCUGAAAGAAGAAUCGACAAUAUCAGGUGACAAUACUCAAAAGUCACAAUUAGUUUCAUUCAUUCCCGUUUUUACAGUCCAUGCAAAGAAACAGCAAUCAGUCUCGGGUGUAACAGUGUUAAAAAUAAUGGCGUUGCUAUUGGUUUUCACCAAGGGGGUCAUCUAAUAAAUGAGUCUUUUCAUUCGUUACCCACAGGGAAAUGUGGCGUGUUCUUACAUAUCAUAUCAACGUUCUGGACGUCACGUCAGUCGCCAUUGUUUACUUCAACACAGGAAACUAAAUAGUUAGUCAGAGUUGUGGUUGCUCACCCUCAGGAAAAUACUGCCCACUAGCGUUGUGGUAGAGAAUUGCAAGAUCAUUACUCAGCCUCCUCUCUGAACGGCACACGUCACUGCAAAGCUAAAUCCCAACUACUUACAUAUUUUAAGUUUUUUCAAAACUGGUAACUCAUUACAUUUCUGAAGUAGCCAAUCCAUCACUGAGUUAGUUUUUUAAAGUAUAAUUAUAGUAAAAUUAAGUGUAAUUCCUUUUUGAAAGUCAUGUGCCCCACACUUGUAACAAUACGCAUCAUUUUGGUUGCAGGCCCAUAAUUAUCACAUCAAAUAACAGUAAUAAAUCAUACUGUUUUUGUUGAAUGCAGCCUAUUAUUACUAAGUAAUAUGCAUUGAAGCAAAUUUGAUGUAUUUUACCUAAAUGAAGUAUUUCCAAGUAAAUUAACUAAAAUACAAAUAUAUUCAGAAUUUGGAAGACACAAAGACACAAAUAUUCUACAUGGGCUACUAGGUGUCAGUAAUGUUUGGUGAGAGACACAAGCACCAGACUUCAUCGCCAGAACAGUCUUUUAAUGCAAAUUUGAUCUCUAAAUAGGCACAUCGAUCCCUAACACAGGCUACUGCAACACAUAACCCCAAAUCCCCUGGCACCACAACACACGUCUUCUUUUGUCUUUUUAUGUCUACUAUCUUGGCUAAUACGAGUGUAAAGGUGACUAUAGGGGUGUUAUUUCAUGUCUAGAAGGCUCUAAUGUUAUUUAGAAGGACGUAAACGGGUUUUCUUUGCUCUAAAUAUGAAAAUACUACAUUUAUAAAUAAGGAAUCCUAUUUUGCAGAAAAUCACCUAUCCCAGUCGGGUCUGGAGCCAAUUAACCAAGAUAAACGAUGUAGUAUUUAUUGUACAUCAAAUAAGGUUUUGACCUGACAAGCAUUGUAAAACCUGGAAGUAUCAGGGAUCAUUUUAUCAUAGCUGUGCAGGAUGUUUUAACCCUCAAAUGAAGGUGAAUGACCUGUCAGUUUUCAGCAACAUUUAAAAGAAGUUACGUAAUCACAAGGAAGUAAAAUGUUCUACUUUCUACACUUUGAGCAUGUUUGAAAUAAAUGACUGAUCAAGACUGCUGAAAUAUCGUCUAAUGAGCAACGUGUUAACAGUUUGUUGUUAUUAGUCGUAGUGUUUGUGUCUGCUGGACAGUAGGAUUCAUGUGUUUUGGCAAUGUGUGUUUUUCAUGUUAAUUUAAACGUGAUUGCACAGCUACAAUGACGAGGAAAGAAGUGAUUCCGUUUAGUGAAUUGGUGCACUUUAAAACCUUUUUUGUUUUUACUGUGCAUUCAUUUCAAGAUGCAGUGAACACCGAGUAUCGUAUUUCUGCUUGUUUCCACAAUUGAACUCCUUGGCAAUGUUUAGCCAGUUAAAAUGGGGAAACGCUGACCUCCAGUGGAUGUGAGAAGAUACCGCAACAUAAAAAAUGAAAAAAAAUGUUAAUUUAAUUUAAUUUAUUACUAUCAUGAUUAUUUAUCCAGUCCACACAGUUACCACAGUGCAAUAACAUGCACUGCUGGUCAGUGAGUAAGCCACAAACUGUACAAAAUUGGAUGCUUUAUUUGGUCUUUUGUGAAAGCAAAGAGCAGCUAUGACGUGUUUGUUGCACAUGCUAUUAUUGGGCAAUCAUUUCUUUGUGAAAAGUUGAUUUUUGUCUGCUGCUGUGUGCUGCAACUUGAGCAAAUCACGGGCACUUCCUUCUUCCUUAUUGUUCUUUACAUAAUGCCUGAUUGAAGAUAUUGAGGACCUAUGAUUAAAAAGCAUCAGGCAACAUGACAAGACGAAGGCAUUAAGUAAAUGUGUGUCACUUUUUGCAUCUUUUCAAAGUACAUAUUCUUGUUUUAGGUCAUUUUAGAUGUGUGUCAUUUUUUUAUUGCUAGUUUUUGUCAGUUUCUGCCUGAGCAAAAAUGUGCAAUGUUUGGUAUACAGUGGUUCCCUGCACUCGCAAUACCAUUUUUGUCAUUAAAAUGUCUUUCUCUAGAAACGCGAUGUUUAUUAUGAUUAUUCUGCGACGUUCCUCACCAUGCAUGAAAAGUCAGCAAAAUUUGUCACAAAGUGUGUCACGUCUGGCAAAAAAUGUGAUAUUUCAGGGGUCCCGAACCCAACCUCCCAAAAGUCACACAGUAGCGCUCCCUUUAAAUUUUGAAAAAAUGAGCCCCUGCCACCAGUUUCACGAAAUUUGCUGGAGCUGUCAAGUCACUCAUUCACCAUUUAUAAAUAUGUGCUAAUACAAUGCCCACAUUUUUUUUUACAUGUUUGUGUCUUAUGCUUCAUUGUUUUUUUUUAUGAACGGGUGAGAUUUCGCACUUCGUUCAGCGGUCCUUGAACUCACCACAGUUGUGUGUUGUGUAACGCAAAUGUACCUUCGUUGGGCUACAUUAGCACUAGCUUCCACAGUCAAUCCGGCACCUAAACGAUAUGUCGCAGCUAGCUAGCAUCUAGCACAGGGGUUUCCAAACUUUUUCUACUGAGGGCCACAUACUGAAAAAUCAAAUGACGCAAGGGCCAGUUUAAUAUUUAGUUUUAUACAUUUUAUGAAAAAAACUGCACCUCAGCCAGAUAGAUCCUUUAUUAUUAGAGUUAAGAGAUGGAAAAGCGUACUAGUGUGAACUUGACUCUUUUACCCAUUUUUGCUGUUUUUUUUUUUUUUAAUUCCAGAUAUCUCAACUUGUUAGACAUUAUUCCCACAACUUUUUCCAAAAAUUCCAUGUUAUUUUUUUGUUUUGUUUUCAUAAUAUUAUGACUUGGAAAAAAUCCUUUAAUAUUUCAACUCUGUGCUUCUAAAAUGACCUUAUUUUUCCUCCAUUUCUGCUUUUUUUGGGGGUUUUUUUGUUUUUUUUUUACAUUUUCCAACUAUAUCAACGUUCAUGUAUUUUUUUUUUCCUCAAUGAUUUUAUUCUCAUAAUAUUGUGACUUUAUUCUUGUAAAAUUGGGACUUUUUCUUGUUGGAUUACAAGUUUCUCUUAAUUUUUUGACUUCAUUCUUGUAAAAAAAGAUAGAUUUGUCCAUUUUUGCUGUUAUUUUAGUUAAAUUCUAUUUUUUAAAUGUGCUGCCACUGGCCAAAAAUGGGCCCCGGGCCCACUUUGGACACCCCUGCUCUAGUGCUAGCCUGAUGACCAGGCUAAAGGGGAGGGGGAGGAGCGGGCCGUGUGUGAAAAGGCGUAUCAACGACUCAGCCAUUGAGCGGUGGGAACCCCUGUGGCUCUACUGUGCGGUUGUGUUUUUUAAAAAUAGUAAUAUGGAUGUCACUGUACACGUUGGCAUUCCCCCUCUAACCAGUCAUGAGCUUUUCCACUGAUUUCAUGGAUACCAUAUCUGUGUUGUCUAAAAAAGCAUCAAAAUAAAAGAAGAAUCCGUGUUCACUGGACCAAAGCGAAAGUGUGUCACAUACGGUGGACUUCAUGUAACAAGAAACAUGAGGGUCUCUCAUCCUGGCCAAAACCAACAGUGUCCCCCUUCUCCCUUUGCCGUUGCUGCCAUCUGGAUCUUCAUCACACAUGGAGAGUCAUGGCCCCAGUGGGCCGCUCUGUCACUCUUGUGCUUGGAUGGAAUGUUGAGUAUUUGAUGUAGUUUUUCACUUCCUCUGCAGUGCUUCAUGGAUGUAUGGACAAUGACUUAUCAGUGGGUACCGUUGCUGCACCUUCAGCCAUUUCAGCAUUUUACGUGAUCAUGUUGGAUGGCAAAAGAGGACAAAAAGUUCUUUGCAAAAGCUUGUGAAUGCAACGCCUCGUAUGAAUGAAGGUGUUUCUUACACUCAAAUAUUUGUCGUGAUCAUUGCCUUUUUUUCUACAAAGUCUUGAACAAGUUCAAAGAACUCGUUUAUGUUGACGCCCCCCCGGCUGACGUUGACAUAAGCGAUUGUCGACGUAACCCAAAGCAAAACCAGCCGUUGCUUCCGCAUUUCCUUGUGACGUUGGCCAGAGAGCGUGGGUGGUAAUAAAGGACUUCUGUUUGUUGA